AUGUCCCAUAAGGCUUGGAUCUGGGCAGUUGUGGUGCGCGAACAUUACCUGCGCGACGACAUUCCCUGUGGCGCGCUGCCCUGCGCCAAGUCGCCCGCCACCGCCUGCGACAAAGAAUCCGCUCGCCUCUCGCCUAAUAACGAAACCAUCCUCGUUAUAGACACCAACGUCGCCCUGCACCAGAUCGACCUGUUGGAGAAUGCAGCGAUCAGCAACGUGGUGGUGGAGGAGAUUGACCUGUUAGAGAACGUGGCGAUCAGCAACGUGGUGGUGCUGUCGGUGAUGCUGGAGGAGGCGAUCGUUUUUGACAGCCCCAUUUCACGGCACUUCACUUCUCCCCUCGCGAUCCCCCAAUACAACCCCUAUCGCCUUCCUCACCACGCAUGCCUUUCAGAUCGACCUGUUGGAGAAUGCAGCGAUCAGCAACGUGGUGGUGCUGUCGGUGGUGCUGGAGGAGGUGAAGAGUCGCAACUGGUGGUGGAGGAGGUGAAGAGUCGCAAGGUGGCGGCGUAUGGCGGGCUCAGGGCGCUUGUGGCUGAGGAGUCACGCCGCUUCUUCGUCUUCUCCAAUGAGCACCACAACCCGAGCAAUCCCUCCACGGAGUCGCAAUUCAUGCGCGAGUUGCGGCGCCGGCGCGAGGCCCAGUCCUCCAGCAGCCAAUCAGACGCUGCCAGCAAGGCACCCGGCGCAGAAGCGGGAGGCGGAGGGGCGGGGGGAAGUGGUGCGGGAGGGGGAGCGGGAAUGCGCGACCAGCGGGCGGUUUCUAACGCGCUCAAUAGCGAAGGGCUCGAGGGCCUGCCGGCACGAGCAGCUGAGCUGCUGAAGCUGGGAGUCUCCUUCUACCUGCCGCUCUGGCCAUUUGCUCUCGCCAUUAUCACUGUCUUCACCGCUAUGUACCUGUUCCUGGGUGACUUUGUGCAUCCGGGCAAGAGUUACGGCGAGGGCCGGCAACCCCCAAGCUACAUCGACCCUUACGCGCUGCUAGAGGAGGAAGAGAAGUACAUGGAGCGCAUUCCAUAUGAUAUGAGCACUUAUCUAAAAGAUAACUAUGACCCGGAGUUGGAUGGGUGA